AUGUUCCGCACCCUGUAUAUCUUCGUCGCAAUCUACAUUCUGCGCGGAUGUCCGAAAAUUAUGCGUACGUCUUCCGAAGUUUUUGCCCCUGCAUUUAUGUAUGUUUAAUAACAAUGUGUUAUUUUUAAAAUAAUUUAGUACCGAUUAAUGAUAAUUUAUCAAUUAAUACUCAAAGGACUGAAAAAACUGACCCAGGGCACCUGGUGUACUAGUGAAGACUUUUCACAAACCUGUUUUCUUCUGAACCGUGAACUAAGUCCAUUUUAUUCUUCAGCGAAGCAGUUAGUGGAAGCAAAUAAAAUAGUUCAGUAAAUACUUGGAUUGUGUUUGUCCGUCUAUCUAACAACCUAUCAAUGAGCAGCAAAACAAGAACCAGGUGAACGCUGUAUCUUUAUCUAGGCAUAAAAUUAUAAAAUAAUUGAGUGCGGGUUAUUCCUCAUCCCUCCGGACACGCUUCCAACAUGUGAGAGAAGUAGGUGCGGUCGCUAGAGCAAGAACUUUAUCUACCUUGCUUUUCGAAUGCAGAGGCAAUCAUACAAGAUUCACUGGCGUGAACCGUCGGCUAGAUAUACGAGAUGUUUGAUGCGAAGGAAACAACUUCAACUAACAAUAAAGGUUUAUCGCGCUUGUAGAGUAGUAUAGAUAAAGCAAGAAGCCGCUCGGCCGAAACUGUCUGAAAAGUAAAGGAGCGCUGAAACCUCCGGUCUGCGUACUCGGACAAUGUCUGAAAGACACAGCGCACCUACGUAAUACGUCUGCAGAUCUUCAAGCUAUUACCUUGAUUAGGUAGAGUCUAGCAAUUUGACACUGCUUAUUUUGAAAUGAAGUUGUUGACUGUUAUGCAGUCAUAGAAUCUGUCAUCCGUGCGGUGAAAAAGCUGGUCGACGGAAAGAAAUGGGCGGCGACGGUAGAGUUAGUGACCACAUUUAACUGUCAGUAGACCGGGGAUUGUGUCAUAUGGAGAUUCAUCUUGAUCUUAGUUUGCAGACAGUUGCGGACACUAUACUGACAUCAAAAAUUACUCCACAUGAAUUCCAGCCGUUAUAAAAAUUCCGUUGUUUUUGGAAUUUGCCUCAUGCUUAUUGUUCAUUUAGCCCGCUUUAGUCCGUUGCCAUAGGAAAGGAUUGGACAAGACUUCCGGCGAAAAUUCAAAUAAUUUCUAUGCUUUCUUGUAAUUCGUAGUCUACUGUCUGGCACGCUGCUCCACCCAUAAAACCCCCAUUACAACCGUUCUCGUAUGACAUCAUCCACAAUCUAUUGGCAGUAAAGGCAGGUCCUUCACCCCCACCAACCGCAAAAUGUUCACGAUAGGGAAAUAAAGAUGAGCAUACUGUGUGGAUUAGAAAAGAGUCUUAAACUGUCGCCAUUCUUCCAAAAUGUGUCAGCGAUAGCUACCCCUGAAAGUGGAUCCCUUUAAACUGAAAAUUCAGCGAAAACCCUUGAAAUUAAUGUGGAAGGGCCAAAUUAUAAAAAGUUAAAUAUCACGUCAAGCGAGUAACCUGCAUUUUUAGAAAUAUCCAUCUAUUUUCGCGUGAACAGUUGACGAAAUAGAGGGCAAACCAACUAAAAUAAGACUCAUAUUUGGUUUGUGCACACGUAAAAUGCCCUGUAAAAUUGAGCGCGCUGUGUUUUUGGACAGUAAGACAAUUUUAAGGACUGAUUGUGUUAUGCAACAACGAUAAUUAUUUUCUUUGUUAGGAUAAAACAUACAAUAUAACAUCCAACACACAUUCAUAAAUAGAGCCCAUAUUUCGUCUUCUCGCCUAUUGUUAUAAAGCAAAGUAAUAACAAUUUAACCCAGAAGGCAUGUGAUAAUACUUAGUCCCGUAUUUCAUGCAAAUGUAAUAAAGGGAGCUACAAAGACACAACUCAUGAUCAUUUUACUUCUUUCCUCAUAACAGCACUUGUCGAUGACAACCGAAACCACACGAGUUCUUGGGUUUUGAAUUUCACCUCCAUUCCUGCAACCUUUACGCCAUCCAACGUGCGUGUCGAGCCCCUCGGUGGCUACUAUGUUUCUUCUGAUGCCAAACUUACGCACAGCUCACCGUCUGCGGAGGCCAUUUAUACUGGCAUUACGCCAUCCGACAUCAAUGCUCAUCCUCAACCCCGCGCCUUUGUUAGCACAUCAGACGUACAAACAAGUAUAUUUCAUUAUCACAUUGUGUAUAUCUCCUUGCUAAAGCGAUCGGGUUUGCAGUAUUACACCUAAUUAGCAUGACUAGGACCCAACUCGACCAACCAUUGCAAAACAACUGCCCAUUCAGGCAUAGCAGGAUUACGCAUAUGCUUAUCUAUAAAGAAGAUGACCACAUGACCAUUUCAGGUCUCCUACAGGAAGCCAUUAUCUGAGACUGAAAAAAUACAACGUCAAGUUAACAGUUAAUGUAGUUCAGACGGAGGAAAGUGAUGAGGGAGUGUUGGACGGGAUCAUGUUCGCGAUUAGGAUGAGUCACAAUGAUCGCGCGUUCAUCGUCUUCUUUGAACAAGAAACUGGAAUUUUCAUAUCCGAUUGCUUAUAAGAGUCCAAUCACAGACACUGUGCAUUUACUUUUCUUCAGCAGUUAAACAUUGCUACAUUGCGACUACAGCGUCUUUAUUAAAAUCCUUUGAUAGGAUUUGCAGUAUCGCCUAUCGGUCUGACAAAUUUAUAUACAGAGGUUUUCGUGAUUGGGUUCUCCACAGAUUAUUGCCACAAAUAUUUUUCAUAUUAAUUUUAAACUUACUUAAAAAUAUGCAUGCUAAACCUUAGAUUAUCUGCAGCCCCUUGAAGUUUGACAAAUGCUGAGUCAACUGUUGGGAGCUGCAGAAGUCAACAGUAUUCUUGAAAAACAACCACACAUUCAGUUAGCAUGUGCCCAAUUCGUUUAUUUAUCACAAAACUUGGUAGCGCCUCUCCUGCCUAGCUCAUCUUUUCAAACUUAUUCCAUCCAUCCUUAAAAAAAUUGGAAUGAACUACAUGAAUGUUUUUGACAUUUCGUUUACGCCUGGAGUCUGCAUGAUCGUUGGAACGAUGGACAAAUGCCAAUUCUACGAGUAUCACCAUGAUUUACUUCAGAUGCAGAUCUCCAGAAUACAUGUGCGCAGCAACUUGACCUUGUAUGGCAUGUGCCUGAAAUUAACAACAUCCACAGCACCUUCAACUGAAUUUUCCCUCUGAAAUGCCAUUUUUUCAGAAAAUGCGUACGUUGCUCAAACGUAAAUUGAUGGAUGGAGGACGGUCCGCCAGUGUAAAAUAAUUGAUUGACCAACUUCUACUGUCAUUGACUGACCAACUCAGAAAAGGGGACUAAUUCACCUGGUUGAUGACAUUUUGCAUUUUGACUAUGGCUGAUAAGAUAGUUUUCAUCAGACUGCUCCAAGUAUGCAAUCCUAGAAUAAUGGAUAGAGGAUAAAUUGCCUAUGAUAUCCGAGUAAAAUAAAUCCUGCCUAGUUUCCAGUCUAACACCAGAAUGUUUGUUUAGACCUGGUAAUAUGCAUUUCAGAGUUUACGCAUGUUCUCUCUUGAUCCUAGUUACACUGGAUGUGGUAUUGAGACGCUGGCCUGUCUUUCUGAUAGCGGGUUUGAUUUUUUGCGCUGCAGUGGUAAGUAUCCAAUUAGCAGAGUUGAAUUUAAUAAACAGGUCACAUAUGUCAGAGUCGUAUGCUAAUUUGGAUAGAUAUAUUUGGUCACGUCUUUCAUUCGUAUGCUAUUUGGUCAUAAUCCUCAUUCCCAAUACCAUGUCAAUGUGAAAAUGUAAGAAGUAUGCGAUUACAAUUUGUGGCCUAUCUCUCAGAGGUUGAGGUCAAAUUAUUAAUGGGGACACAUAACUGAUGAAAGUUGAUAAUGCCUGUGGUUUCAUUUAGCCGGUCCUUGUGUUCCCUUGGAGUUUCUGUGCUCUGUUAAAAAACACCUUAGUAUAUCACCUGUUGGCCGCAAAUAGUUUUUUUUUUCAUUGUGGAAAUUUAAGACAUGAACAAGCUUUAAUUGCAUCCAACGUGAAUGCGUUUAGAUUAUUGUUCUAUUAGCAUCUUGCUUUUUGUCGAAAACCGGCGGCUCUUUGUUGCGCGAAAUACGAACAGAUCCGGACCAUAAUUAUUUCAAGCUGUACUGAUGCGACUGCUAAUGAUUUGCCCGAUGUUGAAAUACAAAGAGGUGAACAACUGGUAAUGCAAUACGUUCAAAAUAAACGCAGAAUUCAAGUCCCUUGUUUACGCUUACCCGUAAAGACGUCCACGAAAUCUCAUUAAAUACAUUUCAGUCUCAAGGUUAUAGAUAGACUUUCAGUGAGUGACCUAUCUCAUGAAAUGUUGGCUGAAAUUCUGAAAUGCCUUUUUGAUUUGGAAGGAUUACCUAGGCGCGGUCGUAAAAUUGAUUAUCUUGCGACAUCGUUGUAAAAUAUUUCUGACCAAACAGAAUAGCGGCAUCUGAAUAAAUUGCUUUUUAAUCACCUGUUGAAACUGCACUCAGUAAAAUGCCUACUUAAGUAGCAUGCACUUUUGCCAUUGAAUUUCGAUGGUCCUACAAAUGUAAAUGUAUCUUUUAUAAACCACACACAAAAAUAUGCUUUCUUUCAGCAGUUUGAUAAAGAAUUAUGCACUUUGUAUAGUUUCUACUCAAGGAAUGCCGAUAACAGGGUUUUAAAAAGUUUCGUAACUAUGAGACCUUUUUUGACCACGCAAAGUCCAUUCACAUAGCAUUGUGCAUGUCCGUUUGCCACAGCUCCUCAUGAAAUGCACAAUAUGGUCCGCAUCUAUUGCAAAAUUUUAUGAACUAUGUAUGAUAUAUUUUGAAAGUCAUAUAAUGAUUUUCUUUACGCAGAACGCAUCCUUUUGUGAACGGAAAUCAGUAAGCGCUAAUACAAAAAAUGAUCCCGUUCCGAAUUACUCGGGAAUUAGAAACCUAUUUUAAAACCUUAUUAUACUCUUUCUUUGAAUAUGAAAUAAAAAGACGACAUGAUUCUCUAUCAAGCGACUGAAGGAAGGCAUAUUUCGAUUGUGCUUUAUAUAAGAUAUAUUUAAAUUUGUAAGACCGUCGAAAUUCAGUUGCAAAAGUUCAUGCUAAUUUAGUAGUCAUUUAACCGAGUACAGUUUCAAAAGAAGAUUGAGAAGCAAUUUAGUCAAAAGUUGAUAUCCUCCUGAGUCCGGAAUAUUAUAGGACUAUGCCGCAAAAUAAUCAGAAUUAACAGCGCGCUCAGGCCAUCCUUCCUAAUCGAAAAUGCAUAUCAGAAUCUCUGUCGAAAUUUCAAGAGAUCCAUCGACAGCCAGUCAAAUAAAUAUGGUUUCAAUUGAAAAUUCAAAUUGGCAAACACGUGUUUUCAGUAACUCUUCAUCAGGCCAAAACGGUUACAAAGAAGUUUAAGUUAAGGUUUCGUCUAUCAUGACCGACUCGACUAGCCGAACUAAAAUAAUUUGAAAAUUAGGCAGUCCGUGCUACUUCAGCAUUCCGCAUGUGGUGGUGGAAGAUAAGAUAGGUGGCAAACUGACUGUCGCAUAUGAUUGUGAGUAUCGUUGCCUUAUAAACUGCGGUCAUCGACGAAGAUAGCGCAUUCAUUUGUGCAUAGGGUACAAGAUUUGAGCUACAGUUGCCCCACAUGCCCCUCCUUAAACAGUGUCAAGACAUAUGGAGGUGUGCUUAACACAGUUACCAGCGAAUAUGACCUGCCCAUCUGCAUAUGCCACGCCUGACCUGGUGUUUUCCUAGCCUGGAGGGGCCACAAUAAACGACAUCUAUAUCCUUAAAUAAAAUAUGCCUCUUAUGUUUUCCUACAGGCGUUGGCGACUUUUUUGAUGUUCUACACCGCUGGCAAAUACGAAGCGAGUAGAAAGCAAAAGUAA